AUGGGCCGUCGAUCGGGCCGCGCAGCCGCGAAGCGCGCUGCCGAGAAGCUAGAGAGCACCCCGAGAGCAUUCGAGGGAGUCGAGGACGACACCAUGGCCGAUGUCGAUAUGGACGCCUCAGACGCAGAGCCUCAGCCCGAAGCCGACGAGCGAGAAGACGGCGACUCGGCAGGCGAGCCCGAGAAGGAAGACGACCAGGACUCUGAGCCUGAUGAGCCCAAGUCGCCCUCCCCGCCCCCGCAGCCCGUCAUCAGAAGGCGCCGCCUGGGUCGGCCGCCCAAGAACAGGCCACCGGACUGGGACACUCUGCCCAUCGAGCCGCCCAGCCGCGAUCCCAACGACACCCCGCGCCGCCGUGGUCGCGGAGGCUGGCGAGGGCGGGGCGGCCGCAAGGGCCAGUCCUUUGCGCCCACCCAGCAGGCCAUCGACGCCGACGGCACCAUGAUCGACAUCGUGGAUGACGAGCUGGCUCUGCCCGAGGACCCCGAGGGUGAGACCAAGGUCGACAAGCUGGGCAACCUCCAGGGCGGUCGCGAGUACCGUUGCCGAACCUUCACCGUCGAUGGCCGCGGCGACAGGCUGUACAUGUUGUCCACAGAGCCUGCGCGAUGCGUUGGUUUCCGAGACUCAUACCUCUUCUUCACCAAGCACAAGCGCCUCUACAAGAUCAUUGUCAACGAUGACGAGAAGCGCGACAUGAUCGAGCGCGAGAUCAUUCCGCACUCCUACAAGGGCCGUGCGAUAGGUAUCGUCACGGCCCGCUCCGUCUUCCGCGAGUUCGGCGCCUUGAUUGUCGUUGGAGGCCGCAGAAUCAACGACGACUAUGAUGUCUUUGCGCGCAAGGCCGAGGGUGCCGUCGAGGGCGAGAUCGCCGACCCCAACGACAGGUUCGUCCCGGGCGAGCCGUACAACAAGAACCAAUACGUCGCCUGGCAUGGUGCCAGUGCUGUUUACCACACGGGCGGCCCCUCGGUCCCUGUUCCCAAUGGCAAACCCGAGGUCAAGAAGCGCCGUGUCACCGUCACCGACUCCAACUGGCAGCUCGAGCAUGCGCGUGCUGCUGCCCAAUUCAAUGCCGAGGUCGGUGCAAUCCGCCGUCUCAACAACGCUGGUGUCUACGACAUCCACACCAACACCCUCCAAUUCCCUACCACCAUGCAGCCCACCCAUGCUCGUAUAGAGCCGGUCUUCGACUCGUCAUCGCCCUCUCAGAGCAGCAUAUUCCCGCCAUUGGAUCGCAAAAUUCCCCGUAACUUCAGAGUGAUCGACACCGUCAUGGAGACGCCUCCUAUCGGUCUCCAGUCUGCCGCGUACCAAUCCGAGCGCAAUGUUCCCUCGUUCCUCGAGCCUUUCCAGGGACUCAGUGCCAUGUCCGACGACAUCAAGGACCUGCUCCCACCCGAGUGCCGUAAGGCCUUUGAUGAGGCACUGGAUCAGGAGAACACUUGGAAGGCCAAGUGGGGACCCGAAGCCGAUGUCAUGCACCGACGGGCACCCACCAUCGAUGCCGCCAUUGUGCCGUACAGCAAACUGUAG